AUAAAAACCAUUCAUAAUGAUGCCGAAAAAAGAUCUCGUUAAAUCAGCAAAAAAUCCGAAAAUCGAUGAAACACAGAUCAACACUCAGGUACAGAGUCACAGCCAGAGUCUAGAUGAGCAGCAAACUCCUUUGGACCGAUUUACAGAGACUUGGAGCUCUCCAUCACAAAAUCAGAUUCUUCUUGCUCAAGAUUGGGUUCAAUUGACGAAUGUGAAAGAUCAACUUGCACAAGCCAAUCAGCAAACUGAAACACUCAAACGAAAAAUUCGCGAUGAGGAGAAAAGUAACGAUGUAAUGGCAAAAAUAAUCAACCAGAAUAAUAACAAUGAAAUUGAAAUGACCAAACGAAAACAAUCGUCCCAAGAAUUGAUGUCUGCCAUCCGAGAAAAAAUGAAUGUACUACCAAAAAGACUUGAAGGUUCCAAAAAGAGUAAAACCAGUCUAGCUCAGUCAUAUGAUAACUUGUGUUUAGAACAAAACAAAAUAAAAUGUUCAGUCAUAACAUUUAAAAACAAAGUUUUUAAUGAAAAAAAAGGACUGCAGAAAGAAGUGAAAGUAAAAUAUGAUGAACGCUUGAUUAUUCAAACAAAAUGUCGCGAAGUUGACAAAGAAGUAAUGGAAAUGAAUGAGUUGGUGUGCAACAAAAUUCGUACAUAUGAAGAGCUCAGUCAAAUGAUUGAGAAUAAUCAGAAACAGUGCAAUGAGCAAAUAAUACAAGUUUCAGAAGUCACAAAAGAUAUUGAGACGAACUUAAAAGUGGAAGAAGAAGAGAAAUAUAAAUUGGCAAUUGAAAAUAAUGAACAUUCAAAAAUUUUCAACGACCUUAAGAGUAAGUUCGAAGAGGAACAGCGUAAUGUCACAAAAUCUGAGAAGCAAGUGGAAUAUUUGAAACCUAAGACACUGAAUCUUAAAGAAAUCGUGUCUAAUCUCAAUAAGGAGAUUUGUGAUUUGAAGAAUACAAAUCUUGCCUUAAUAUCAAACAAAGAUUUGGAAUUAGCUAAAUACAGGAAGCAGCUACAAGAUCUGAAAUUGAUAGACUUACAGCACAUGAAUAAACUAAACGCAGCCAUCUCUGAUAAUAAGACAUUAUCGAAUGCUGUAGCAAAAACAGAUGAGGACACAGAAGAAUUGAAAAACACAAUAGAAAGCAAAGAUAUUCAGAUCAAACAGAUCAAUACAAAGUUGAACGGUGUGUUGGAGAAAAAUAAGGAAUUAUACAUGAAUAUUGAGAGGCUGAAUGAGGAAUUAAUAACCCAAGGAAAACAAGUGUCACAGAAUAAAAGUGCUUUUGAGGUUUACACAACCAACAAAGACAAAUAUGAUAAAUCAGAAGGUGAACUCAAAGCAAAACUAGUAAUAGUUCAACAGAAUCUAAAUGAUAAAUGCGAUGAAAAAGCUAGGCUCCUGGAAAGGGCGAUUAAUAAAGAAACUGAGUUCUCUAAACAAAUGAAGCAAUUCGAAAGAGAUAUUAAACAAAAGGAUGAACAGAUUAAAGGUUCACAAAAUGCUGCAAAGAAUUUGCAACUCGAAAUGGAACAGGAUCAAUUAGAGUAUGACAGGGAAAUACAGUACGCAACGCAUUUGUCAACGCAAUGUCAACUACUGGGACACGACAGGGAAAUCAAAGAAAAUAACAUGCAAAUUGGAGCUCUUAAACGCGAUCUGGCAGCUGCGAAGGCUGAACAUGAAGAAAGGAGUCUGAAGAAUGAUGCUGAUGGCAAAGAGAAUGUAAAACAAGAAACUGAAGCAAAACGAAUCAGAUGCGCAAUUGAUGAUCUUAAUAAACAAUAUGUCACAAUUCAGCUAGAGAAUGAAGGGCUUCAAAAUAAAUUGAAAAAAGCUGAAAGAUCAAGCAAAAUUAUACCCACACAAGGAACCAGUGAACUAAAGGACUCCAACCAAUUUGUAGAAUCACCUUCUCAAAAAUUUCUGCCAAAUCAAGUUACAACUCCGAAGCCAAUAUUGAAAUCAGCUGCGAAAGCUAGUCCACUAAAAAUGCAGAAGGUACAGUUCAACAUUGGAUCCACCUCAAAAAUAAAAAGCAUUAACCCACUGGAUGUUUUUGAAGAAGCCGAACGCCGCUAUAUCCAGGCAGCAGAAUCAUACAAACCAAACUUUGCAAACAUACUAAGUAUUUCACAAGAGUCAGUGACACCAGCACCAGUUAUUGAUGAGGCACGUAAAGAACAAACUCGCAAAUUUUUCAAGCGUUCUAGAGCGGAGCAAAAGAAAGUUGUCUCCACAUCCAAUACACCCGAUCCCUACGAAAUGCCGUAAAUUUAGAUCGUAUAUAUUCAUGUACCAUUUUUAUUAGUAUUAACAUGAAACAAUUAUUUACUUAGUGAAGACGAACGAUAUUUAAAAAUGUUCGGAAUCAAAUAAAACGAAAAUAAUUAGAACAGAAUUUAUAUUAAAAACAUGGUCAUUUAUUUUUUAGAAAAAUCUUAUAUUAUGGGAUCCUUCUUUCAAUUACAGAUGUGAGUUUAGGUCUGUUUUCAAAUCCUUACAACUCUAAUGUUCUAUGAAAUGUUCUUAAAUGGUCUACGCAGUAAAUGGAUAACAAGUUUUAAUAUAAUUAAGUAUAAAAAUGAAAUACCAAUAUUUUUGUGAAAUAAAGAAACAUGAACACGUAAUGUAUGAACAGUAUGAACUAUCUAUUUUUCCAAGAUUAUUUUAUAAGUGAACGCAAAACCAAUACUAUAUCAUUUGCACACUUGCUGUUGCUGAGAAAUAAUACAAAUUUCAUAUGUUAGAAUUUUGAAUACAAGGCCAAGAAAACUAUCUAUCUUUGCCAAUUACUUUUCCAUAUUGAUCAUAACUUCUCUGCAAAAGUAAAACUUGAUUAUAUACAAAAAUUGACCAUUACGCCAAGGGGUUUUCCUAAUAGAACUUUACAGACCAGACUUCGAACUCGUGACUGACGUUUCGUUUAACAAAA